AUGGGGUUGGACAGCGCCGGUGGAGGCCUCCUGUGGCUCAUGCUGGCUUGGGGACUCUUCCUGAGCCAGGCAGCUUGUCAGGCGCCUCUUCAGGACUUCCGGUUCGUCUCCUAUGAAGUGAUCAUCCCAAAGAGGAUGGGACUGAGGCGGGGGCUGGUACCCCAAGACCUGACCUACCUGCUGGAGAUGGAGGGGAAGAGCUUCCUGGUGCAUCUCAGGCAGAAGAGGGGUUUAAUCCCUAAACACUUCCCAGUUUUCACCUACAGCAAGGAGGGGGACCUCCAGGUGGAUUAUCCCUUUGUCAGGACUGACUGUUUCUACCACGGUUUUGUACAAGGCAGGCCUUCCUCAUGGGUCGCUCUCAGCUCUUGCUCAGGGGGACUCAGGGGUCUCCUGGAGGUGGAAAGUAAGAUCUAUGAGAUCGAACCUGUUCCAGCAUCUGCUACCUUUCAGCAUGUGGUGUAUCACUGGGAAGAAAAGGAGAGUGCUUUGGGCAUGAUGUGUGGACUAGUGGAAGAAGGGCAAACUCACCAAAUAUCUGUGAUCCAAAAUACAGAGAAUGGAGUAGCAAAAAUCUCUCCAGGAGGAGUCUGGUGGUCACGUACCAGGUGUGCAAAAGUUGCAGUUGUGGUAGAUCACGAACGAUAUGUGCAGUUUGGCAGAAAUGAAACUGUUGUUGUUAUGCAGGUGCUAGAUGCCAUUCAUAUGACCGAUUCAUUAUAUAAGGCACUUGGAGUUAAUGUGGCCAUGGUUGGACUGGAGAUUUGGUCUCAAAAUAACCUCAUAGAAAUUGCUGGAAGUUUAGAUGAAUUGCUUGAUAUUUUCAAUAUUUGGAGGAAAAUGACACUAGUUCAACAUCUAAGGCAUGAUGUUGGCCACUUAUUUGUAUAUAAGCAUUUUGGAGUUAAACUGGGAUUAUCAUUUGUAGGAACAGUGUGUGAUCCCAUUUGGGCAUCUGCUGUUGAGGCAUUUGUUACUUCUAGUUUGUUCUCAUUCUCUGUAACAUUUGCUCAUCAAUUGGGCCAUAACCUUGGCAUGCAACACGAUGGGAGAUACUGUACUUGUGAUCAGCGUUCUUGCAUUAUGACUACAUCACAGAGCAUCACAACUAAGUUUAGCAAUUGUAGUUACAAAAGCUUUUCUAGUCUGCUAAACAGUGGAAAGAAACAAUGUCUGCUAAUUCCAUUGGAACAUGAGAAACUCUAUGAACUCAAAAACUGUGGCAACAAGGUGGUAGAGAGUGGAGAACAAUGUGACUGUGGCUCACCACUUCAUUGUAAAUCAGAUGCAUGUUGCCAACCCAAUUGCAUGUUGCAUUCAGGAGCAACUUGUGCUGUUGGAACAUGCUGUGCGAACUGUCAGUUUCUUCCAGCCGGAACAGUUUGUAGGGAAAGGACUAGCAUCUGUGAUCUUCCUGAAUACUGCACUGGAAUUUCUGAGUGGUGUCCUGAAGAUGUUUAUGUACAGGAUGGUGCCCCAUGCCAUGAUGAUGCCUUCUGCUAUCAGGGGGAAUGCUCUACGCACAACAAAGUGUGCAAAAGGAUCUUUGGCAAACAAGCAACAGUUGCCCCAUUAGGUUGCUUCAGAGAAGUAAAUACUCAAGCUGACCGCUUUGGCAAUUGUGGAAUUGUUCGUUCUAAUGUUUAUAAAAAAUGUGACAAUAGUAAUAUUUUGUGUGGCAAAAUUCAGUGUGUUAACAUUAAUGAAGUUCCUAAUUUAAAUGAUCAUAGCAGUGUAAUUCAGACUCAUCUGGAUUCAAACUUGUGCUGGGGUACAGCUUACCACAGUGGCACAGCUGAUAUUGGAGCAGUGAAAGAUGGCACAUCCUGUGGCAAUGGCAUGAUAUGUCUUAAUAGGGAAUGUAUCAAGGUGACCGUCCUGAACUAUGAUUGUAAUCAAACAAAAUGCCACAACAGGGGAGCAUGUAACUCUCUAAAGAACUGUCAUUGUAACUAUGGCUGGGCCCCUCCAUAUUGUCUAAUUGAAGGUUAUGGUGGCAGCAUUGACAGUGGACCCCCUCCACCCAACAGUGGCAAUGUAGGAAUGAUAAGUGCUGUAAUAAUACUAUCAGUUUGUGCUGCUAAUGUUCUUGGUACUGGUAUCUUAUAAGGGACUUCUCUGAUGCAGUUGGUUACGUUACUAUAUUUUGCUUGCCAAAGUUUCAGAGGACAAACUCCUAGUAAGGACAACUCUUAAAGUGUCAAGUCUAACAUAAUGUAAGAGGAGAUAAUAAUCAUUCAGAUAAGUUCAUUCAGUGGUAACUAUAACACAGGUAAUGCAAUUUUUGUACAGUAGCUUGGACCUUCCCAUAAAAAAAAAACCCACCUCUUUUCCUCUGUAGUUUUCAGGCCUAUCCUCUUAUGAAAACACUUGGGACACCCAGAAGGUAAUGUAUGACAGUGCUUUCAUACAAUGCCUGUCAUGCCUCUGCACAAUUAUUGUGGAAUGUCUCUCUCACACACUGAGCAGUACUCCACUUUUAUAGCUUUUGGCUGUCAGAUUAUUUACAGAUCCUUUGAAAGCAGCACAAACAGAGAUCCAGGGGUUAAAAAUACAGAGAGGAAUUCUGUAUCGGAACAUAUUCUCAUUGGUUCCUAUAUAUUGUUUUUAAAAGUUCUGUUCUCUAAAUGGCAAAAACCAAGAGACUUGUUCCUAUUGCUGGCCAAAUAUAGUGGCAGUUGACAAACAGAGUCAUCUGGGCCCUGAUAUUUUCAGCCCACAAGACAGCUCUUGAAAUAAUUCUCAUGCAUAUACCUAUUUCACAGCAUGCUAUAACUGGACAUUUACAAGUUUGCUAGGUCAGAUUCUUGAAUAGAUUUGAUUCUCUGUGUCAUCUUCAAGCAAAUUAUGUGUGUAGCUCAUUCUGCUUAAAAUAUUUUCACAGGUGCACAUCCACAGGAAUCUUUUAACAUUUAUUUUAUGGGACCAAAUUUUUACAUGAACUGGCAUUUUUUUACUGUCCGUAAGAAGGCUUGGAAAAGUUAAACCAGUUAGGAAAUUUAGAGGCAAACCUUAGAGGAUGCAUUUACACAAAAUAAUGAACAAUAUUACUGACAAUAAUGGCAAUAAUGUUGGAUUCCUUGUAUAUAUACAAUGUCUUUAGAAAAGAGGUAAACAGCUUAAAAUUGCACAUUCAGUACCCACAUGCAAGAUUUGUUAGCUUGUGUCUUUAAUUAAUCUGUGCAAAUAUGUUCCAUCUAGUGGGACUUCAUAUGUUUCUAUGAACAGUAUCAUGUCUAUGUGUUUUUGGGAUUUGCAGCCUUUAUUGGUGGAACAAAUGACAGCCUGCCUUUGAACAAAACUUCAGUAUGGCACAUCUAUCCGCAAACAGUCUUGCAAGCAAGAGUAAGCCCAUAAUUGGGGCUUGAAAUAGCAUACUGGUUCAGUUCUGUCACAUUUCUUGUGUUUUUCUUUAAUUAUUUUGCAGGACAGAGAAGUGCAAACCAAGGUACUUUUGUGGUGUGAAUGCUAUAACAGUUAUGUCUCUUGAUCAACCAGAGCUCAAUGUAGAGAAUUACUCCAAUGAAAUAUCUCCAUCUGUAACAAAAUGUGACUGUUUUUGUCCAUACAGUCUAAUAUAUUCUAAUGUAACCCAAAACUUUUACCUUUGAAUUUCCUCUCAGAAUCUAUACACUUGGGCUGCAUUGUUUAGUACAUGAACUUCCUGUAAAGAUUAUUAGAGUUCUAAAUAGUAAUAUCUGUUCACAGUAGACACAGUUUACUGUAUUUUUAACUGAUUACUAUUAUCACAUUGUACAAUAUUGUAGCUACUUUAGAAUGUGCUUUUAGUGAUGU